AUGGCAGCCGGUCACUCCUUCAAACGCCUACCACCUACAUCUGAUCACGCUCCUUUCGAUUCGCCAAUGUCACCUAUCAAAAUACUCGGAAGCGGACUAUCAGCUCUAACGCUCGCAUUGAGUCUUUGCAUAAAGGAAAUACCUUUCAAAAUUUAUACCAAAGAUUGUCGACCGCAAAAACCUCUUAGUAAUCGGCAUAACUAUAGUCUCUUGCUGAAAGCGAGUACUAUCAAAGAUCUAAGGAUUCUAUUGAGCAUAACCCGAGAUGAUUUUCGAAAAUUCCUUAUGGUACCCAGUACCACACCUUUCCCCCCUGAUGAUCUAGACAAUUUCGAAGCGAGAGUUCACCGGGGGAGACUAGAAUACCUGUUGAGGCAAGAUUUUGAGCAGGAGAUAGAAUGGAAUUGUGAGAUUAAGGCUGGAACGAUGGGAUCACCGCCUCUGGUAUUCCCCCCGCAUGUUAAAGACAUUAAAGGGCAUCUUACAUUCGAUUGCAUGGGUGUUCAUUCGCCCAUAAUAUGCGCAGAUCGUUAUAGAUCCACCGAAUCGAUUGUAGUAUUCCGCGGCACGUCAGAAGUGUCGAAGUCUUUGUGGAAUCAGAAGUUUCGAGGUUGGUUCCACGGGAACGAAGCGCAGAUUCAAGCGAGAUUCGAUAAUAUUGUCUUGCAGCUUAUAAUUAACAACUUUAGUCCGGAUAAUGGCGAUGUGAGUUUGACUUGCAUCUAUUCGAGGCCCUGUUGGGGAGAUAUGGCCGAAUCGCUCGAUACACUCUGGCUACCGACACGAUCUGUUGAUGAAGCAUCAUCCCCCUCCUUAAUCGCGAAGUUUCUCAACGAAAUCGAACUUUUCAGGCUAGAUCAUGAGCUACCUGAACCUUAUGAUGAGAUCUUCAAUCCGGAAAAUUUAAAAGGAAACAAGAUUGUGCAUUGGCUGAUGAGGACGAAAUUGACAGCUCUGCCAGAGCUAAUAAACCUAUGGAGAAGCAGCGAUGAGAAGGUAAUCAAAUUAGGCGAUGCUUCAUACAAUAUGCCCAUAAUCGGGAGUACCGGUGCUGAGUUUGCCAUUCGCGAUGCCCUUGAUGCUGCUGAAGAAAUUGAGAAAGAUAGAGGGGCGUCAUUCCCUCGAUGGUUCAUUGAUCGCCAGGACAUGAAGGAAUCGCAAGUCACAGCAUGUCGACGUAAUUUGAUUGAAAUACAUUCUGAAAAAAAUAAAUAG